AUGGACUUGAUAAGGGAAUAUUAUUCAAAUUGCUUGCUUGCCUGUACUCCUGAGAAGUACGUAAUAGAUCAAAGUGAAAUAGAAUUUUCUACCACGGGGAAAAGUAGCUUAAGACUUAAAGUCAUCGACUGGUACUACACCACUGCAGGAAGCUUUAGUGUUAAGAAGGGUAGCGCUCGCAACGUUGGAGCUAGCCAAAAUGACAGAGAAGCACAUUUACGAAAGUUAAGUCGAAAGAGAACACGUUAUGAACAUUUUGAUCGUAUAAGGGUUAUGGAAAAUUUCUUCUUAAUCAGCGAUCGAGAGGGGGACCAAGAAGGUAAAGAGGAGGAGUGCCAUAAGAAGGGACAACUCAAUACGUUUGAACAUGCUAACACUAAUGGCAGUACCUUGAAUUGCCGAAAUGGGACAAAUCCACCUAAGCAAACUGAACCCAUAUAUGUCGAAAAUACUUUCGACUUUGCAUUAUUGCCGGAAAUUGGUACACCCCUAAAUGGAACGCACUUAUUUCCACAUCAUGAACCCACAUUACAGUGA